AUGGUGGAGGAUCUUACCACCCUUUGUGAUAUAGACGCAUGUGCAUUCAUCCUUGGUCCAGGGGAUGAUGUGCCUAAUGUGUGGCCAUCCCAUGACAAGGCUAAAGAGAUGCUCGAUAAGUUUGAGAAUGCUCCAUUGUCGACUCGACUGAAAAAAAACAUCACCCCACAGGUUUAUAUUGAGCGAGCCAAUAACAAGGUUGAAAAUCAACUUGUCGAGCUUAGGAAGAAGAACGAUGAGAUAGACAUGUCAGAUUUAAUGCAUCAAAUCCAUGAUGAUGGUAGGUCUUUGUCUGAUUUUGAUGCUAGUGAUAUAUCUCGUUUACUUUCGUAUGUAGAGGAGAAACUGAAGGGUGUUAGAGUGAAAACUGGCUUUUCUGAGCAGCAGUUGCCUCCUAAACCUCCAACACCACAAGUUUCUUGUCCUCUACAGAAUGAUAAGAUUGAUUCUUGGGAUAACAUAGAUGAACAAGUUCUCCAGCAACAAUCAUUCAUCGAUGAUCUGAAAGAAGAUGGUAAGAUAAAUAGUGGUUUUGAUAACAAUCUAGGGAGCAACAUAGGGCUACCACCACCAAAUACACAUGUUGGUGAUGUUGAUUUUGAACCUUUCAAUCAGGGUUAUGUUGAUAUGAUGUUGCCUCCAGAAAAUUUUGGAGGCCUCGCUAACGAAAGUGGCUUAGGGUUUGGUGUGUUGCCUCGAGAUUAUUUUAUAGGUAGCAAUGGUAAUAAUGAUUCAGAGCUUUUGUAUGGAAGCUAUUAUAGUGAAAUUGGAGGCAAUGACAUAUGGUCAUCUUAUGGAAAUUUUGGAGGCAAAAUUGUUGGAAGUGAUGAUGUGAUGUUGCCUUUCAACAAUAAUUCCCAAGGCAACAUUAAUGAAACUUGCCUGGGAAUUGGACAACAUGAUGAAAAUCAAGGAGGAUCCAUUAACAAUGUCGGGUUAUGGAAUCAUCAAAUCACCCUUGGAGCCAGUAAUGAUGGAGUUGCCUUGGAGAGAUCCAAUCCAAACUUUGUUGGCACUACCAGUGGCGAAAACUUGAACCUUGGAUUUCCUUCUCAUGCAAAUCUAGCCAGUAGUGGUGAAAGAAGUGAUAUUGAAUUGCAGGAAUUUUCUCCUUAA